AUGCUCACUCAGUCGUUUCUUGGCGCUCGUUUUGAGCGCCCGUUAAAACUGUCCGCACCGGAUUUUGAGGCACAAUUUCUCCCUCUCCAACCUGCAUCGGAGAGUUCCCCAGUCGCCUUCAACAACCCAACCGCUCCUCUACCAAGUACCCAGCCCUUCAAACCCACAAUCAUCAUGAAGUCCGCCUUCGCUGUUGUUGCCGCCAUCGCCGCGCUCGCCGUCGCUACUCCAAUUGAGAAGCGUCAAACCUACACCCCCUACUUCCCUCCUGUCACCGAGAUGCGGUACUGCAUCAACCCCUUCAACAUCGCCGCGUGCCUCGCCGCCCACGGCCAUGCCCAAGUCGCGUCCAUGACUGCAUGGGACUACUUCCCCAGCUCCCUUCACAAUGGCAAAGGCGACGCGUUCCGUCACUGCUACUGGAACGCUCGCAUGGCCAUCGACCUCGGCGUCGCCCGCGCGAAGACGAUUGCGGACAAUCACGAAGAAUCGGCUGAGAACAACCCACCUGCGGAGAAGGCGAUGGAUUUGGCAAACAAUGAGACGGGUCGCGCUAUUGGUGCCAGCGCUGCAGGUGCUAACAAGGAGGAGAAGUAUAGCAAUGCGGAGGCGGAAUGUCUCAGGAGGGCCCGCGAGGAUGAGCUUGUUACUUUGCCUUAA